AUGUAUGGAAGCUGCCUUUUGGAAAAAGAAGCGGGCAUGUACCCAGGGACACAAAGGAGUCCUGGGGGAGGCAGCACAGCCGGGGUGGGCACCUCUGGGGGCAGUGGUAGUCCGCUGCCUGCCUCCAACUUCUCUACGGCCCCAACUUACCCACAUUACAUGGGGUACCCUCCUAUGCCUAACAUGGAUCCUCACGGGCCUUCACUGGGAGCCUGGAGCUCACCUUACAGUCCGCCCCGGGAAGACUGGAGUACAUACCCUGGGCCGUCCAGUACAAUGGGCACAGUGCCCAUCAACGGGAAAACCAGAACAAAAGAAAAAUACCGUGUGGUUUACACCGAUCAUCAAAGGCUGGAGCUGGAAAAGGAAUUUCACUGCAAUAGAUACAUCACCAUCCGGAGGAAGUCAGAGCUGGCAGUUAACCUGGGCCUUUCUGAGAGACAGGUGAAAAUCUGGUUUCAGAAUCGCAGAGCCAAGGAGAGAAAGAUGAUCAAAAAGAAAAUCUCCCAGUUUGAGAACAGUGGAAGUUCCGUGCAAAGUGACUCUGGCUCCAUCAGCCCUGGGGAACUGCCUAACACGUUUUUCACCACUCCAUCUGCUGUCCGUGGAUUUCAGCCAAUUGAGAUACAACAGGUCAUAGUCUCUGAAUGA